CCGCACAGAUGCAAGUCCCAACAGCUUCUCCUGGAUCCUAUGCAAAUACAACUUUGUCAGGUUCAACUAAUGAGCACUUUUAAUUGUUUUUGGUUUCCAUGGAAAUGUAUUGUGCAAAGGGCACUAAAAAGCUGCUUUUCAGUAGCAGAAGCCACUGCAGACCUGUAAAGAAGCAUGCGAGACGGAUUCUGCUACAUUGUUUUUAGAGGCAGAACCGGCAGUGCAGGGAGGCAGACACCGCUUCCAAUUGCAUUUACAAACCAGUGAAAAUGAUUAACGAAUAGCUGAUCGGGGCUCACAAUGAGCUGGAGUUUCUUAACGCGUCUCCUCGAGGAGAUCAACAACCACUCGACGUUCGUCGGGAAGGUCUGGCUGACGGUGCUCAUCAUAUUCCGGAUCGUCCUGACCGCGGUCGGCGGGGAGUCCAUAUACUACGAUGAACAGAGUAAAUUCACGUGCAACACGCAGCAACCCGGUUGCGAGAACGUGUGCUACGACGCCUUCGCGCCCCUGUCGCACGUUCGGUUCUGGGUCUUCCAGAUCAUCCUCAUCACCACCCCGUCCAUUAUGUACCUGGGGUUCGCCAUGCACCGGAUUGCGCGCCAGCCCGAGAUGCAGAUAAGGCGCUCGGAGAAAACCAAAAGCAAAAAGCGCGCUCCCAUAAUUCAUCGGGGGGCCAUGAGAGACUACGAAGAGGCUGAAGAUAACCAAGAGGAAGAUCCCAUGAUUUGCGAAGAAGAGGAACCCGAGAAAGACAGCGAGAAGGGAGACAAAAAGAAGCACGAUGGGCGCCGGCGGAUCAAACAAGAUGGCCUGAUGAAGGUCUACGUGUUGCAGUUGCUCUUCCGUUCGGUGUUUGAAGUCGGCUUCCUGAUGGGCCAGUACAUACUGUAUGGGUUCGAGGUCAUUCCCUUUUUCGUGUGCUCCCGGAAACCGUGCCCUCACACCGUCGACUGCUUCGUGUCACGCCCCACCGAGAAGACCAUCUUCCUGCUGAUCAUGUACGCCGUCAGUGCGCUCUGCCUCUUCCUCAACCUGUGCGAGCUCUUCCACUUGGGCAUAGGGGGCAUCCGAGACGCCCUCCGGCAGAAGAAGAAAGAACUUCAGGAAUCCCGUAAAAAGACCCCCAGUGCCCCACCAAAUUACCACUCUGUCCUGAAGAAAGGCAGGCUGCCCAACGGGAAACCCGUUUUCCCAGGCAACGGAGUGUCCGAAGGCUUCGAGUUGCCGACACACGAGCUGGACAGGUUACGGCAGCACCUCAAGUUGGCUCAGGAGCAUCUCGACUUGGCUUUCCACCUCAACCCAACGGGCGAUAAUACCCACGCGUCCCGGAGCAGCAGCCCCGAGUCCAACAGCAUUGCCGCCGAACAGAAUCGCCUAAACUUGGCACAAGAGAAGGGAGUGGGAAACCGGGAAAAAUCUGGUUUGUGAUCGUGGCAAGCGGGUGGGCCGGCCGGAGGGGGGGAUGGAAUGGCUUCUUGUUCAACUGGAAUCAAGUUACUAAAAGGUUCUUGACCCUCUCCUGGCAGGGGGGGAGCACCGAGGGCGAGGGGAAGCGAAGAAAAGAACUAUUUUUUUGGGGGGGGGGGGUUUGUUGGGGGAAGGGUCGGAGGUUUGAAUGCACCUCUGUGUUCAGCUGCCAUUGGCCCUCACAAACAGUCGCCGUGUCGUACGUCCCGUGGCAACGCCGCCAGCGCCGGGCGAGGUUUAGCACCACUGGUUUACGUAGGCUGCCGGCUCUUCUGCCCUCUGGUUACAGGGCGAGAGACGCUUCAGCCUAAACAUAUUUUUAUUUGAAUCUUGAUAUUUUUGUGCGUCCUGGAAGCUGCUGCCAACGCUCGUACUGUGCCGCCGCGUGCGCUGGAAUAGUUCAACUAGCUCGCGGCCGUAGCUUCGUUUCAACUCUUUUAUACGAUACUCAGCAUUAAACUAAAGGGAGAUUUUUCCUUUUUUAUGUUUUUUUUUUUUUUUUAAUUUUCUUUUUAGAUGUAGUUCCAUUCCGGGUUUGUACAUGUGACUACGCGGCGGUACUCUGAGCCCAUCAGUACCAGCACACCUUCCCCCCUCCAACUGCAGUUGUGUUCGGAGGGGGUUUAAAGGGGAAAUAAGCCUUUUUUUUUUGCAUUCCUGGGUUCUGCUAAAGCGCCGACCCUCCCAGUUGACUUCCUGUUGAACUACAAAUCCCAGCAUCCCCUGAGGGGCUAAGUGUUGCCAUUUAGAGGCAGCAGGAGGGUCGAAAGGUGGAAUUCCCUGUUAUUUUUCUAUGUAUUUCUGGAUUUGACAGACUUUGGGAGGAAAGCUUGAGAGCCGGCACCCACGCUGGCUGGGGCUGUGCCAAAUACACAUGAUUAGGGGGAAGGGGCGACUCAUUUUUCCAUCUGCCCCCCCCCCCCCCCUUUUUUUUUUGAAAGCUUUAAACAUUCCAGAGGCACUCUUUCUGCACACACCUUUUGUACGUGGAGUGGUACGGCCGGCGGUAUAUUAAGAGCCAUGGAAUGUACCUUUCCAGUUUGCAGAGGGGGGGGGGGGAGUUUGCCCAAUAAUUUUUGCUGUUAAAUGGGGCACUUGAGUUCCCGGUGCCCCCGACCGCUGGAGGGGAACCCGCACAUUCUAUCAGUCGCCACCUGCUCCUUCGCAAAUUCCAAAAAAGCCUCUUGUGCCUAGGAGCGAGGGGGCUGCUGUAUGUACAGAGGGGAACAGCUGUUUGUAAUGCUGACAUUAACCCAUUGGUUGCUGGUUUCUUGGCGGCAUUAUAGCACAUCUCCCCCCCCAUCACCUCCCGUGUCUUUAAAGAUAAAAUACAAGUUUCUAUGGCAGAGCACCCUGUUACUCUACAAACAUUCCAUAUUCUCCUUAGAACUGGAACCUGCUCUUUUCCACUAGGGGGAGCCAUUUCCAUGAUCUCAAGCAUUACUGCAUCCUCUCCAGGAAGCUGGGGGUGCAACGGGAAAUGAGCCCCCUGGCACUUGCAUGGAAAGGAGAAUGACCCUCCCCUGAGUUUAUUCCUUAUCGGGUGCCACGUUAGCUUUUAUUUUAAUGUGAAUUUUUAGUUUUUUAGCAUUAAUUGCAUUAUUUUAGUGUUUAACUAGUUGCCUUAUGUCCUCAGUAGCUGCCCAUGGUAUGGUUCCUGGGUUCUUAGGUUGGGCAUUGCGGAGUUCUAGUGCCGCGGCUAGCUCUCUGGGAGCCAGGCUAUUAUGUAUAUGCACCCAAUAGGGGUGACUUACCCAACGCAGGGUACAAACUGCCACGGCCAGGGUUGCCCCACCCUACAGACUCCCAAGCUAGGAGUGGCACAAAGCCCUGUAGUUACUACUUGGCAAGAGGUAUGGGGGUGCCUAGUGACCCCCAGGUACAAGUAAUCUUUUGACUGAGGACUACCCCCCCAUAUGCCCUUCCACUACCCACUGGCCCCUCAGGCCUGGGCAUGUAUAAGAGGGCACUGCGGUCACUGAGCUGAUUGCCCCCUCAUUUUUUCUGGGGGGUAUUAUAUUGUUUUCACUCUGCCCCUAUUCUGCAUCACAUGGUACAGAAUCAUUCCAAUGGGGCACGGGGCAAGUAGCAGCGACAAAACCAGGAAAGUUUCACGGAUCCCUUUGCAUUAUGGUCAAUGGGAAGGGACACACAGAGCACCCAUGGGUGCACUCCCUAUAUAUGUGUGUCAGUCAGGGACUCUCAGCGCCCAUAGCGAGAAGCGCUCUACUUUCCCGUAGAAUGGCGACACCGUCGUUCGGAUUUAGUCUCCAUGGUAACAGUGUGCUCUUUCAUAGGAAACCAUUCCCCCCCCCUUGUAUUUUAUUCUUCUUUAUCUUUGCUGGAGACGCUUGAAAUUUUUACAGACAUCUCAUUGCCUCAUCUCUUUAUAUGAUAGGAUAUUUGUCUUUAGUAGGGGGGUCUGUAUGGUUUUGUUUUAUUGAAGACUUAUUGGUACUGGAAACAUUAUGUUUUUGUUUUUUUUAUACAAUGUUAUUAAAAAAAAAUGAAAAUUGAA